AAGGAUGGGAUGAAGCUUACAAUGUUACUUUUUUGAUAUGAAAAUGUACUUUAUUGCUUACUCUUGUGAUUUACAAAGUGAGUUAUCAACAUUACAUUCUCUGAAAAUGUACGAUAUCUUUGAGUAAAAAACAUGUGUUGCUUAUAAAAAUAAGUGUUUGCGUGCGAGUGUGUGCGUGCGUGCAUGUAUGUGUUCUUACAUUAGUGCGUUUGCGUGUGUUUCGCUAUCUCUUUGACCACAUGCAACUAAUUGUUAUUUUUAUGAUACAACACAGACAUAUAUAUACCAGCACAAUCAAUCCGAUAUUUCAAACUUUUAUGUUUGCAGGUUUUUCUGCGUUCUUUAUUGAUUCCUUUUUUUCACAACUGCAAUGUUUCACCAUACUUAAAAGAUUAAAAGAAAAAAAAGAUUAAAUAUAUGGAAAAUAAAUCACUUUGUUUGUGCUGGGUUUUGAAAAAUCGGUCUUCUAAGAUACACUGAUAAUGAAAGUUUUAUUGACGAAAUAUGUAUGAUAAGUAAACAAGCGUUGACGUCUGAAUUAUAAAUAACUUCAGUUGUGUAACAUAUAUUAUUUACAUCUAGCUUUAAGACUGCAUUAUGAAAUAAACACAGUUGAAUACAUUUUGUGAUGGGAUAAAUCCUUUCUUGAAAUUUAAUAAACAUAUAGGCAAGGAAUUUAAAGAGCCUGAAUGAAAUGAAUAUAUUUGUUUAAGGAGAUACAAAUCUUAACACAAUUUUGUUUUGAAACUGCUUGACAAAACAAACAUAUACCUCGCUUUCAUUUCAACAUUGUAGAUAGGUUGGAAACAGUGAAGGAAUUGUAUAAUAAAAGUGACAACAAAUAAAACCGUUACAAUGUUAAGGAAAUCCGAUGAUUCAAGAGAGAACAGAAGCGGAAUAAAAUACUUGUUUCUAAUAGCAUGUUUAUGUCAGUUAAUAGAUGUUUUGGAAGCGAAUGUUUCAUUAACAGCAUAUGGCGACAUUGCUUCAGAUGGACGUCUUAAAUGUAAGGGUCAAUGUGUGCUCGUCUGUAAAGUCAAACGAAACUCAUUUUCUUUUACAUGGCAAAUAAACAAACAAAUUGUUUUUGAAUGUAUCAAUAAUAUAUGUAACACUCAUGGGACAAAUUAUAGAUUUUCAUUUGAUAGUGCUCAUGGCAUAUUUAACAUCUCAAUGGACAAGAUAACAUAUGCAGACAAUUUUAAGCAGUUUAAGUGUGAUGAUGGAUAUGAGUCAGCGUCAUUUACUGCAAGAAUUAAAGUGAUACCAGAAUCUAGCGCUACAACAAUCAAGUCGUCAAGUGAUUCAUCGUCAACUACUACUAUUAAAGUUACGACAGGUUGCCUUUCGCCUAGUACAAGUGUCUCUUUUACAUGGUACUAUUUUAAGGAAGAACAGAUACCAGUUUUAUUUGAGGAAAGGCUACCAUUAGAAUCAACUGACGAAUAUGGCUGUAUAAAUGGACAUUGUGGAGGAAAAGGGGUUGUCAAGGUUACCAGUAGAUUGACCAUUGACGAAGAUCCCGAUGGAGAAUAUUAUCAGUUUAAAGUUUUGGUCAAUCAGACUGAUGCAGCAGAGUUAUAUAUUAAAACAGAUCGUAGAUUUAAACUAAAAGGGAAGUAGAACAAUAAAAUUACAACUCAUGCCAUAAACGUUGUUCGGGACGGAAGUAAAAGAGUACAGACCGAAACAAGUUGGUUAAUGCUAUUCACGUAUCUCUGGAUAAUAUUACAAUAGUGCCUCAUGUAGUCGAAAACAUCGCUAUCAAAGCGUUCGGAACACGCGCUAUUUUUAAUAUUUAUUUUAAACGUAUGAUUGUAUAUUAAAUUUUGUUUUUAUCUAUUUGAAAAAAAGACUCCUUCAAAAAGUUAAACGUGUUAGGGAUAAAUGAAAUUUACUAAAAAGAACCUAUUUUGUCAAAAUAUUAAAUGUAUUUUAUAAAGUUGAACUAAUCUUGAAAACGACACACGUUGUUGGCGGGAUAGAAGAUUGGGCAUGUUAUAUAUUUCCGUAGCUAUGUGAUCUGAAAAAAGUGCUAUUCGUUGAUACACAUGUGACACUUUUAAGGGAUAAUGUUUUUUCAUAAAACAGCAUUGAAGAGAUUUGUUGUUUGUUACGUCAUGUAAAGAUGUGUUUCAUUACAAUUUAUGUUUAAUUUGCUUUAGAUUUUUCACUUACUAGUCCUCCUUUUUGUUUCAUAAAUUAACUGUUUAUUUUUGAUAAUUGUUUUAAGGUUGAUAAGUCCGUCAUUUCAGUGAACAUUUUCUAAAGUUUCCUUGAUCUCUAGUUUGAGCUCACUGAAAAAAGCGGAAUAGCCCUCCUUCACGUUUUACAAUUGAGUUGUUUAAUUUAAUAAUUUCAAAGACUCCUUGAUCUUUAUUUCGAGUUUCACUGAAAAAGGCAGAUUAUGUUUUUUUUUAUAUUUUAUUAUUGUUUAAAGUUGAGUUUUUUUUUUGCUUGAUUAUUGUAUAAAGUUGGAUUAGUCUGUCAUUUCCGUAAAUGAUAUUUAAAGACUCCUUGAUCUUUAUUUUUAGUUUAAUUGGAGAAGGCGGACUAGUUCUCAUUGAGUUUUUUAGUUUGUUUAUUGUUUAAAGUUGGAUUAGUCCGUCAUUUCAGUUUAUGAUUUCUUAAGACUCCUUGAUCUUUAGUUUGAGUUUCACUGAAAAAGGUGGACUUAUCCUCCUUAAUGUUUUACAUUUGAGUUUCUUUUUAUUAUUAUGAUUGUAUAAAAGUGAAUUAGUCCGUCAUUUCGGAUAAAGAUUUCUAAUAACCUCUUGAUCUUUUUGAGAUUAAUUGGAGAAGGCGGAAUUAUCCCCCUUCGCGUUUUAUAAUUAAGUUUUUUAGUUUGGUUAUUUUUUAAAGUCGGAUUAGUCCGUCAUUUCAGUUACUGAUUUCUAAAGACUCUUGAUCUUUAUUUUGAGUUUCACCGAAAAAGGCGGACUUAUCCUCCUUCAUGUUUUAUAAUUGAGUUUUUAAGUUUUGGUUAUUUUACUCCGUCAUUUCAGUUUACGUUUUGUAAAGACGUCUUGAAAAAUGCAAAGUAUUUGAUUUUACUUAGAUUGAAAUAGGCUGACUAGUCCUCCUUUUUGUUUUUAUAGUUUUUAGUUUUGAAAAUUUUUUAUGUUUAAAUGCGUUAACAUUUUCUAAAGAUUAUUUGAAAAAUAUUACGUCUUUGGUUGACGUUACAUUGAAUAAGGCGGACUAGUCCUUCUUUAUGUGUUAUAAUUGAACAUUUUGUUUUGAUUAUUUUAUAAAGGUGGAUUAGUCAGCCAUUUCAAUUACUUUUUGCUAAAGACUAAAAAAUGUGGAUAAGUCGUCCUUUGUUUUAUUUUGCUAUAAGAUCUUUGAUAAAAUACAUGUUCUGGAACUAAGGGUGAUUAAUCCACCUUUUACUAGUUUGGAAUUAUUUGUAAUAAUAUUUAAACUUGA